AUGUACAAACAGUUCAGAAAGGAGACGCCGCAGGGAGUAAUCAGCAAAACCGAAUUCAAGGAGGUCAUGAAGCAGAUGGGCGUCGUGGACAACUUUCUUCAGGACCUCAUCUUCAACGUCUUCGACACCAACAAGGAUGGAACCAUCAAUUUCCAAGAGUUCGUCGCUGCCCUCUCGGUGAUGACGCGCGGCACUCCCGAUGAGAAGCUUGAAUUCGCGUUCCACAUGUUUGACGUGCAUGGUGCGGGUGUCAUCACGAAGGAGGACGUGACGAAGGUGCUCGAUUCGUUCUACAAGCUCGUCGGCCCGUUGGUGACCUUCUCCGGCAAGAAGUACGAGUCGCACGAGCAGCUGGUGGAGGAGUUCUUCGAGCAGAUGGACUCCAACGGAACGGGCCGGAUCACCAUCAAGGAGUACAAGGACGGCGCCAUGAAGAAUCCCGACAUCAUCCAGGGCCUCAAGCUCUUCUCCUGA